CCGAGAAGUCUUUUGAGUGGAAAGCAUCGAGUCGUAACAUACACAUCAUAACGAAACAACUACCGGGUUUGUAACACCCUAUGUUCUAAAAACCGUAAUUAAAAAUGGCAGUGUAAGAUGGCGAAAGUUGUUCUUUGUUUAUCUGUUAUCGCUUUGCUUAACUCCGUUGUCGGAGUAAGUGACUUCUGUUUCCAAUGUAGAGACACUUCUGAUGCAGAAGGUAAAGAUGACUGUCAAUCUGAAACUAAAGGAAUGCACGGCCUGCAUUAUACGUAUAAAACUGAAUAUAGAAACAAGAGUGAUGACUUUUUGAAAAAAUACGGCAAAGAUCCAUUGGUGCAGGACUGUCGACAGUACCACAAAUAUGGGAUGACACAUUGUUGCAUAGAAGAACUAGAAAGAUUAGGCACAAUCCAGUCUUACAUACGGGGAUGUUGUGAUGGAAAAAACUUUUCGAUAGAAGCAAGUCAAAUUCCACGGUUAAAGUUUAUUUCGGAUAACAAUCAGACACUGUGUGCUUACUAUGAAAACAAAGGAUUAGUUAUGUGUGCGACAAUGUGUGAUGGUAACUUUUGUAAUGGACCAUCUCUGGCUGAAUCUGUCCAUAUGUAUUCCGUCGGAUUGCUGGUUUUCUGCUCUAUCCUUUUUGCACUAUAUAUGACAUAAAAGUCAAUGCACAAAAUGUAUGUGGAGCAAACUAUUUAUAUAGAAAUUAAGAUUUAUGAAUUGGUUAAACCUAGUAUACAUUUGCCCAAUAAUCCAUAAAUACAAUAAAGCUGAAUUUAAUUUUGGAUGUAACACGUUUUCUGAUAUGCUGAAAGUUUCAAGUUUGUCUAUCAGCUCAUAGACAUAAUGUUGUCAUGUGACCUUGACGUCAUCAACGUUUUUUCAUGAUUUACUACUUAAAAAUGGAAUUUAAAAUUAAAUUAUAAGGAAUGACUGGUAAAAUUUUAUAGCAUUCUCCCAACCCUGCUGCAAAUAAAUAAUAAUAGAAUACAAUUAGUUUUGCCAAUAAUUAUCAUAUUUAUCCAAACUUUCUGCAUAAUUCUUGAAGAACUUAUACGCAGUCUUGUUACCAGUAUCCUGCACCUUAGAGGGAUUUUGUAGUGAUAUUAACUCUAGCUAUCGAUUCUGAUUUGCUCUUUGAUUUUUCAUCACUCAAGAAUAGAUAAUUUAACUUUGUUUUUUGUGAACGAUUAAGAUACUCUGUUAUUGUUUUACGAAAUAAAAGUUUAUCGUUGAAUA